UUAUGGCACGCAUGCUGCAGUGGCUAGAAAUUGGUCCUUUCCUUUAAUUUAUCUUCGAAACUUAAUUCUUUUUAAGCUACUUUGUGUCAAAAGCAACGAGUGGGAUAGUGUGUCUACGAAAUCUUACCAAAAGAGCGUGAAAUGUACUCGAGGGAUUACUUUGCACUUCGCUCGCUUGCUAGGACAGAUUCAGCUUGUUUUGAUGCGGGCAAGACAGCUCAUGAUCACAACAACCUUGAUUUAAAUUCAAGUCAAAGCUCUUUUUUGGGGACAAAAAAGUUACUUCAUAUCAAAUGGUCUUCUUACUGACUCAUUCCCAGAUGAUCAUCAGAGUAAAUACAUGUAAUAAGAUGCAGCAGACAUUGGAAAGGAGUGAAGAGAAACUUGAUUUGCAGUCUCAUCUUCCCAAACAGUCCAACUCCCCACAUCUUCAUGUUUUCCUCAUCAGAAUCAAACUGGGAGGAGUCAGCCUUGACUUGUCUCGGGAAGGUGACUGGACUGGAAUGGACUGCUGGAACUGGAAGUGGACCAUUUUAUCAGGAUUAAGGCAGCCUUUGCUUGGUGUUAGUGUUGCUGAUCUCAUUGAAGAGAUAACCUGAAAAAUGAAGCCCACAUGCAGUUAUCAUGGUAUACACACAGAGCUAACUUACCAUCUGCAGGAAGAGCUUGAGUUGGAAAGGGUUCUCUUCUUUGCAUCUUUCUUUACUGGUCCAUGUGAUCACCUACAAUAUCAUCACUCCUGGAAUGUGUAAAAAAGUCUUCUUACUGACUCGUUCCCAGGUGAUCAUCAGAGUAAAUGCAUGUAAUAAGAUGUAGCAGACAUUGGAAAGGAGUGAAGAGAAACUUGACAUGAGGUCUCAUCUUCCCAAACAGUCCAACUCCCCACAUCUUCAUGUUUUCCUCAUCAGAAUCAAACUGGGAGGAGUCAGCCUUGACUUGUGAUGUGUUAGUUGGGAAGCAGUUGGAGAAGGAAGGUGACUGGACUGGAGGAACUGGAAGUGGACCAUUUUCUGAGGACUAAGUCAGAGGCUGUCAAUUUACAUAAGAGGUUGUUGGAAUGCUGUAGUCAUCUACCCACCUAAGUCUGCUUGCCCAGUGUGGUUUCCAUGUGGCUGACAUAAUUAGAACCAUCCAAACAAAAAGAAAAUAAAAAACAACAAAACACAACAAGCAACAGAAAGUGAUGUGGAUUUGGAUGGAAGGAUGUGAUUGGUAGAUAAAGAAAGAGAGAGCACUUUGCCCAUAAGAUUGUGGGGAUCAGUGACUCAUACUCUCAUACAAGAUUCAGGUGACGUGGCUAUGCAUGCAAAUACAUGUAGGUAUUAUAUGUCUCUUUGGCUCAUAUGGAUGAAACAUGGAAGCAAUUUGUAAUAAGUGCUUUGAGAGAGAACAUUUUGUGAUGUAAAGUAGGUUUUGGAACCUUUACCAGGUCAAAUGCUGAGAAAGAGAAUGAUAGGAAACUGUGUUGCAGUUCUUAUGCUGAGAUCCAUAAUCAUAGAAGUGUCCUUUGAAAUUGUUUUAGGCCUUGUUAUAAAGAUCAAGCCCAAGAAACAAGUAAAAUUGUUGUCCACUUUGUGGAUAAGCAUUGUGGAUCAGGAUGAAAGCACAUGACUUGGAUUAAAAGAGAGAGCACUCUGCUAGCAAGAGAGUGGGGUUCAGUGACUCACUACUAAACCAGACGCAGAUAUGCAUGGCUAUGUUUACAAAUUUCUAUUACAUGUCUCUUUGGCUCAGAGGGAUGAAACAUGGCAGCACCUAAAAAGAGGAGUGCUUGGAAUGUAAGGAGGCGGAAGUAAAGAAGGGAAUGCCAGAGAUGACAUCAACAUUAGGACACAAGGAUAGAGUUCAUCAGGGUGAAACUCAAGCAGACCAUGUUAGCAAUUACUAAGGGAGAUAACCUCAGACUCUGGAAACCUUGUCAGGGAAAGAGUUGCAGGAGCCAAAUGAAACCACUGGGAACUCCAGUUACUUAGGGAGAUAACCUCAGACUCUGGAAACCUUGUUAGGGAAAGAGCUGCAGCCUUGUCGGUGUUGAUGAUCUCACUGAAGAGAUGACCUGAAAAGCCAAGAAUGUACGUUGUUAUGUUUACACACAAAGCGAACUUACCAGAUGAGCUUGAGAUGAAAAGGGUUCUUUUCUUUGCAUCUUUCUUUACUGGUCCAUGUGAUCAUGAGCUACAUCAUCUUUCCUGGAAUAUGUAAAGGGUCUUCUUACCGACUCAUUCCCAGAUGAUCAUCAGAGUAAAUACAUGUAAUAAGAUGCAGCAGACAUUGGAAAGGAGUGAAGAGAAACUUGACAUGUAGUCUCAUCUUCUCAAACAGUCCAACUCCCCACAUCUUCAUGUUUUCCUCAUCAGAAUCAAACUGGGAGGAGUCAGCCUUGACUUGUGAAGUGUAAGUUGGGAAGCAGUUGAAGUAGAAAGGUGAGUGGACAAGACUGCCGGUACUGGAAGUUCCACCAAACCCACAGGGAAUUUUCUGACCUGUUGUGACCUGUAUCGUGUCUUUAAGACUGAAGCUUAACCACCAGAGUUGGUGAAUAGACUGGACUGUUGGAAGUGGAUGUAGAUCUGAAGUGGGUGUGGAUCUGAACUGGAGGUAGUUGAUUGGAUUAUCAGCCAAAAGCCAGGCUGUAAAAGUGAGAGGCCGUUGUCAUUAUUUUGUGAACGGAAAAUUUUCGGAAUAUAUGUAAGUCUUAUGUAAUCAUCAACUGCCGUCAGAAUGACAAAAAAGCACUGAGUGGUUGGAGUCAUUAGCUCGUAGAAGUCUCUUAAUACUCCGCGUUUUAGGAAGAAAACGCGGGCGGAAAAUCUGAGAGGGGUGCAAAAGCAGCGGAAAUCUGAAGCAACUAAUAGUGCAUGAUGUUGGAGAAAAUGAUGACAGCUGUAGCAUUAUUGGUGGUGCUGGUGACCAUGUUUGCAACGUUUUCACGAGCUGAGGAAAAAUGUGCUGGAGGCCACAUUAAUCAAAAUCUAUGCCAGAAGACUUGCAACUUCAACAAGUGCACAUGCGACAUGGUGGACACAACUUCUUUCUCAAGCUGCUCUCAAAAGUGUCAUAUUCUCUCUUCGUGUCCUGCGAUGGAUUGUUCUGGGAGAAACGCUUGUGCGCAGAAGUGUUUUUUCGGUGAGUGUAACAUGAAUUGUGGAUCAAGUAAAUUCUGUUCACAGUUAUGCGUAUGGAAAGCCAGGUGUAAACAGAUCACGUGCUCGUCACCCGCGUGUAACCAGGUCUGUGCAAACUGUACGAUGGAGUGCACCAGGGGGGUGGACAAGUGUGAUCAGAUGUGCCUGGGAGGAGUCUGUAAGAUGAAGUGUUUUGCUUCGCAGUGUAGAAGACAAUGCUUUAAAGGAAGUUGUGAUUACAUCGGCGAAUCUCAGAGUAAGGCGUCAAUAGUUCAAGACAGAGCGUUACUGUUCCUGAUUACUGUUGUUGGCCCAUUAAGGAUAUAACGAGAGAUCUCCUGGGACAAUACUAGCGAAGGACGAUACCGUCUAUAGUUGAUAGCCAAUAAAACAAUUGCCAGUGAAUGGGCGUUGUCACAUCUGGCCACAUAUUUGAUAGAAAUAGUC